GUCACUAGGUGGCAAAUUCAAGCCAAACUAAAGCCAGAGAUGGGUGUGCUGUCACGCCAGAGAGCGGUGUAAAAGCGAAAUAUUUCAAUGAGAAUAAGCCUUAUUGGGAAAAAAUAUUUCUAGCUGAUUCGUAAGCGUGAAUUAGUUGCUUUGUGAUGUUGCUAUUUUGCCGCCAAAAGCCGGAGCUCGCGCGUGUUUGCCACACAAAAAGUCACGUGAUUUCUUAGUGCAAGAAGCCAGUUGAGCCCACGAGGCCCCUGGAUCCGACGUUGCAUAAUGGACGAUCACAAACAGCAAAAGCUUGCCAUAUUUCAUGUGUGAGACAUACUUUAUACAUGGAGUAAUCAGAAAUGGUCGCAAAAACAGUCAUGCUUCGAUGCCGUUUGAUCGAUUACCUGACUCUCCCGGUGCAAUCCGUCAGAACUAUCUUCAUUUUCUGGUGACAGUCGAAGCGAUAAUCUUAUAAAACCCUGUAAAAAAGCAGUUUACCUGAUAAACUGAAUGUUUACGUUUACUUAUACCACAUACCGUAUUUUCCUAUCUCUUCGCUUUAAACAACUUUUGAAUGUCGGAAAAAAAUACAAGUUAUCAACAAGGUAGGCCUCGGUAAACGUUUUUCAGACCUCGGUCACAGUUUUUUUCGAAUACGGGCUCUCCUAUCCAGUAGACAGCAAAUAUUUAUAAUACAGCUACGGUGUGCGCUCUCUUUGGCUGAGUAGCAGACCGUACAUCCACAAGACCCGCUCAGAAACACCGCAACGCAACUGUUUAAUAAAAAUAUAAUUGAAUCCGAUUGCUUAGGCUGUUGGUGAACUAAUGGAGCCUCGAAUUUUUCCGUUGUUUUAUGGCUCGGCGCGAGCUAAGGUCCAUAAGCUCCCGUAAGGCCUACGCAUUCGGUCAAUAAGAGAUAUUCAGUGUAUAUAUCCUUAUGAGAACAAUGCACAAAAAACUGGUAUUCGACUCUGCCAAAUUUUCGUCUUUAAUAAAACCCGUACCCAGUUAUUUGCUGUUGCGCGGACAUCCAAAGGAACACUGACAGUCCGCGCGCGAAGUGCGAGAGCGCGCGAACACGAAUGUCAUCAUCCAUAAUGGACUGUGACGUCACGUAGCGCAAAUUAGCUCAAACGACAGAACGUUUUAGACACGCUGUAGUUUUGUGUGCACGUAAACUGUAAGCUUUUGAAAUUCGUAAUGGAAAAUUUGCGUCAGUUUUUUUCGAAUUGUUUGGCAUGUAUCCCUGGUUUCGGUUUUGCGGGUGAGAAACCGCAAGCCCCGGGACAAGCAGCGGGGGAACCCGCGGGACUAAUGGAAAUGAGAGCGAGCCGUAAGGUCGGCACCUCGGAUAUGAAGAUCCCUGAUGCCGGGAAGGGAACGCCUGACUACUCCGUGUAUGCUGUGGAAAAGCAGAGUGAAAGCAAGAAGUACCCGCGACUCAGCAAGCCUAAUAAGGGGCAAUUGAUCUUGGUUAAAGGCGCAGAUGAUCGGGACGAGAAGACACAUAAAGGGAUCUUUCCUAGCCUACCAAAAGGUCCCACAAGUCUGGUCAGUAGCAAGAAGCAAGGCUAUUCGCCAGCGGUAUCGAGAGCUGUCUCGGCUAUGCAAUCCGCGCUUGACAGGUUUAGGUCGGAGGAUGAUUCGCCUGUGACACAAUGCGUCAGUGCGUACCAGCGCGAAGGUGCAAUGUCAACACUACUUGGCGUUCAGAACUGGGAAGACGUCAUUGAGCGCAUGGCUGCCCCGCCACGUGAUGCUCCCGCCACCUCAACUCCAUGCCCUACUCGAGUCCUCUCUCCUAGCUACGCUCUAGCUGCCUUCCCCACCGGGGAGAACGCCAGCAGCUCGUCACAAAUAGGGGACAGAGCCCGGUCUCCCACCCCCGACCUAGGUAUAGCUGGUAUUGGUUAUGCAAGCACCAGCCGGCAACAAGCUGAUAAGAAGUACGUGCUGGAAAACUGGUUCAACAAAGGAAUGGCAAAGGACAAUGAGACGUCUGAAGGGAAACGGCUGCCGAGGAAUGCCGCACCUUUCCUGAUUGACGACCCAGUCUCCUGGGAGGUCGACUUUGGCGAGAGCUCAAAUGAAGCUGCUCACCGUCGGCGCCAAGAGAGAAAACAGCGCAAGAUCCAGAAGCUCCGUGAAAAGCUCAAGCGGAGCAAGAACACCGCGGACCUGCCGGAUGAGAGACUGCGCAGCAACGGGGCCAAGUCCGCCGUCAUGUGGGAGAUCGACUUCGCUGAGAAACCAUCUCAAGAUGCUCACGAGAAGCGUCUGUCAAAGCGCAAGAAGAGGCUCGACAAACUACGACACAAGGCGAAGGCAACCGCUGACCAGCCUGAGGGCUCGCAGGGGAAACCAAAACCUGAUGACAUCUACGGCGGAGAGGACUUCAAAGAUGCCCUGGACUUCUAAAAAGUGGACAUCACCAUGGCAACUGGUCUUAGCAACUCUCCACAGACUUUGCAACACUUCCUUGUAACUCUCAGUAUAAAAUGAUACAGACAAUUCGAGCAGAACUACCAACCAUUUUGUACAUUUGAGCUAGUGUGCAUGCACACCGAUCUAGCGUUAAUUGCUGUCGCUUUCAAAUACCCUAAUUGUAGGCACUAACAUAUAGGUGCCUUUUUAUAAUAACCCUAGUACAAAAACACGAAAUAUCAGCUUCAGAGAUGGAUAUUAAUAAUGUUAGAUUGCCUCACCAUUAUCAAACAAGUGAUCGGUGACCAAUUAGUAAAAGCAAAUCAUUUCA